GAUGAUUUUAAGAAUAAGAAACAUUUAUAGAUAUUGUAGCAAAAAUACAAAUUAUCAUAAGAUUGUUGGUUCAAUACCAGGAUAGGACAAUAAAGACAUAAAGGAAAAUUUAGAAAAGUUUACAAGAAUUUAUUAAAAAGUUGAUUUUAAGUAAUUACAGAGAGAAUAGAUUGAAGAAUAAUAAAAGAAAUUUAUGAUGCAGAAUUAAGAGGCAAGAUAAUUUGGUGAAUCUAUUCAAGAUGAUUAAAAGGUAAUCAAUGGUUAUAUGACAGAGGGAAAUUGGAAAAAGCAACUAUUUAAAAUUGAUGGGUAUAUUUUUUUUGGGGAUGUUUAUAUAUUUGGGGAAAGAAACUUAUAAAUUCUUAAAGAAUCCAAGAAAUGUAUUAUUAUAUGAUGAAAACACUGGAAAAACAUAUUACACAACUAAAGAAGAAUUUGAAAGAAUUAAGGCAGAGUAAAAAAGAAACAAGGAAUUCAAAGAAUUUAGAUUUAAGGUGUUGUCUAAACAAUAAGAUCAAAAAGAGUAAAAAGGAGGUAUAGAUUCAUUAUUUUGAU